UUGCAAAUUGUUUAUAAUCCAAAGAAAGAAUGCCCCAUCCCCAUGAAUCAUUUCUUUCUUUCGAAGAAAGCACCCAAAGCUUGCAAUCAGGAUCCCUUGCCUCAUUACCUCCAUUCUCAAGAACAGAGAAUCUAGCCACGGCGCAGUAGUUGUUGCAGGCUAAUAAUUCUGCCGACUGCCAGGGGUUCGAUCCUCACCAGGCUCAAAGUCGACUCAUCCUUCCAUCCUUCCGAGAUCAAGAAGUUUGUCUCUCUGAAAGAACUGAACUUGGAUUUUAUCUUGUUCAUCUUCUCGACCUCCCUGGCCAGAUUUCAUGAAGCUGUUCGUCUGAGGAUUGGAAAUGGAGUCUAUUGAGAAAUCAAGAAGUAACCACCAUAGAAUGGAGCAGAUGCCAAUAGAAGAAACGUCACAGCUAAAGUUGAUUCCGGGACUUCCGGAACCUGAAGGGUUCUCAAAAGAGGAUGAAGAUUUCCUUUCCGAACUGAAUCCAGAGGAGAAAGAAUGCUUGGAGUUCUUGAUUCAGACAGUUAACAAUUUGGAUAAGGAAAUCCCAGAAGACAAUGAGUGGAGUCAUGAGAAAACAGAAGAAUCUCUAGGCUCUCAGGACCAAUAUCAGCAUCACGUCAUCUGCAGCAUGCAGCAACAAAGUAAAUUUGAGGAAGAUGCCCCAGUGAAAAAUGGUCCCUGCCCAGCAGUUGCUAAAAGUAAAAUGAUCAAGUCCCAUUCAGAGGAGUCCGAUGAAGUCACAUUGAGGAGGUGGUCUGAUCUUUUUCAGCCUCGAGCCCAAUUUCCUCCUAGAACAGCCAACUCUCAACCCACCCACUUCAAGAAGUUUGACACCAUAGCGAAGUCAGGGGUCAAUGUUCAGGAACUCCGCGCACGUUUCCUGCACCACCUCGAGACUUCUGCUCCUGCCAAGCAACCGGCAAAGGAUACCUUGAGGCUUUUGUCCAAUGCGCAAAGAUCUACGCGGGAUGAAGCAAUGCGGAAGCUGGGCUUUCUUCAGAGAGACAAAGCUUUUCUGAACACACGCCAGCAUAUCCCGUGUGCUGAAAGGCCAGACAAAGAGGCAACUGCAGGUUCCACCCACACACUUAAGAAGUAUCCAUAACCGUUGCUCUCGUCCAGGAAGAGAUGCUUUCUUAAGCCAGCUGAAAGCCAAGCGAGAACAUCUCUUCUGAUAUAGUACUGAACAAAACAAUCGUUUUUUGUUGGAUUAUCUUCUGCAAAAUGCUGUUACACCAGAACACGGAACCUAUAAUGUACUCUUUGUGGCAAUCUAUUUAACAGCAUUUCUUGUAUUGUUAUUAUUAUUAUUUGCACAGAGCAUCUCAUUAUUGGUACAAUAGUUAGUUGAGAUACAUCAUGUUGGCUUUUAAUUUGAUUUCUAAACUUUUUAAAUGUUGCUUCUUUCCUUAACUCCUGGAGCAAUGAAAGAGAUACUUUGUGAAAAUGGAGGCUAGUUUCCUUCUUUCAGACUAAACCUAAUACAUUUACUUAUAAGAUCAAGCAGGAGUGAAACCUACUUACCUUCACUGCAGGUUUGCAAAUGUGAGCGGGUGCUCUUGCUCCACUCGCACGUGCCACCUCCCCGUAUGCGCAGGACCUUCCGUGCAUGCACAGAGCGUCAAAAACAGAGGUGAUGACAUCGGGGAGGUGGGCGGAGCUUGCUACUAAGCGCUCCUGAAAGGUAAGUAGAACAGCAAGGAGGGGAAUCCGCUGU